GAGGGGUGUCGUCUCCCCUGUCCCUUGCCAACCCUGGGAAUUCUCACCGUUUGGAGUGUUUGCUAAUUCAGUGGGAGAUACUUCCUCUUGCGCUGAAUUGAAUGUACAUGAUCUCUGAUGAGCCUAAAUACGUCCGCGCUUAUGACCGUGUUGUCACUGGACAUUCCUGCCGGGAGCAGCAUCUUUAAGGUCCAUGCGGUGGACAAGGACACGGGCUCUGGAGGGAGUGUCACCUACUUCCUGCAGAACCCGCAUUCCACAAAAUUUGCCAUGGACCGCCACAGUGGUGUGCUGCGCCUCCAGGCUGGGGCCACUCUGGACUACGAGAAGUCCCGGACCCAUUUUGUCACUGUGGUCGCCAAGGAUGGCGGGGGGAGGCUGCGAGGAGCUGAUGUGGUAUUCUCAGCCACCACCACUGUCACAGUCAAUGUGGAGGACAUUCAGGACACAGCCCCUGUCUUUGUGGGCACGCCCUACUACGGCUACGUGUAUGAGGACACUCUUCUGGGCUCAGAGGUACUGACGGUGGUCGCCAUGGAUGGAGAUCGGGGCAAACCCAACCCCAUUCUCUACAGCCUCGUGAACGGGAGUGAUGGAGCUUUUGAAAUUAAUGAGACGUCUGGAGUCAUCUCCCUCACACAGAGCCCUGCCCAGCUCCGGAGAGAAGUGUAUGCGCUGCAUGUACAGGUGACUGAGGUCAGCUCUGCGGGGAGCCCAGCUGCCCAGGCCAUGGUCCCGGUCACCAUCAGGAUCGUGGACCUCAACAACCAUCCACCGACAUUCUACGGAGAGAGUGGACCCCAGAACAGAUUUGAGCUGUCCAUGUGUGAGCACCCUCCGCAGGGAGAGAUCCUGCGGGGCCUCAAGAUCACCGUCAAUGACUCCGACCAGGGAGCCAAUGCCAAAUUCAACUUGCAGCUAGUGGGGCUUAGCGGCAUCUUCCGAGUGGUCCCACAGACAAUCCUGAAUGAAGCCCAAGUCACGAUCAUUGUGGAGAACUCAGCCGCCAUCGACUUUGAAAAGUACAAAGUGUUAACCUUCAAGCUCCUGGCCAUUGAAGUGAACACGCCAGAGAAGUUCAGCUCCACAGCGGAUGUGGUGAUCCAGCUCCUGGACACCAAUGACAAUGUCCCCAAGUUCACCUCCCCCUACUACAUUGCCAGGAUCCCUGAGAAUGCCCCAGGGGGCUCCAAUGUGGUGGCUGUCACGGCGGUGGAUCCAGACACAGGACCCUGGGGUGAAGUCAAAUACUCCAUCUAUGGGACUGAGGCAGACCUGUUCCUGAUCCACCCAUCCACUGGGCUUAUCUACACCCAGCCCUGGGCCAGCCUGGAUGCUGAGGCCACUGCCAGGUACAACUUUUAUGUGAAGGCCGAGGACAUGGACGGCAGGUACAGCCUGGCCGAGGUGUUUGUCACUGUGCUGGAUGUCAACGACCACUACCCCCAGUUUGGAAAGAGCAUCCAGGAGAAGACGAUGGUGCUCGGGACCCCGGUGAAAAUUGAGGCCAUAGACCAGGACGCAGAGGAACCCAACAACCUGGUGGACUAUUCCAUCACCCAUGCAGAGCCAGCCAAUGUGUUCGACAUCAAUGCACACACAGGGGAGAUCUGGCUCAAGAACUCCAUCCGCUCCCUGGAUGCCUUGCACAACAUCACGCCCAGCGGGGACUACACGUGGUCCCUUGAGGUGCAGGCCACGGACCGCGGCUCCCCGUCCUUCAGCACCACAGCCCUACUGAAGAUUGACAUCACAGACACUGAGACGCUGUCCCGAGGCCCCAUGGCAGCCUUCCUGAUACACACCAAGGACAACCCCAUGAAGGCUGUGGGUGUGCUAGCUGGCAUCAUGGCCAUCGUCGUGGCCAUAACUGUCCUCAUCUCCACCGCCACCUUCUGGCGCAACAAGAAGUCCAACAAGGUCCUGCCAGUGCGGCGUGUCUUCCGCAAGCGGCCUGCCCCUGCGCCCCGCAACAUCCGCAUCGAGUGGCUCAAGUCCAGGAAGUCCAAGGCUGCUACCAAGUUUGUGCUCAAAGAUGAUCCUCCCAAUGAGAACUGCAACAACAAUACCCCAGAGGGCUCACUGCCCCCCCAAGCUCCAGCUCUCCCUCCACCACCCAGAACGGCGCCCACCACGGUCACGGCCCACUGGACGGUGCCUACGGUCUCUGGAUCACUCGAUCCCCAGCAACCUCAACAGCCAUCAAACCCCACAGCCUUGGGAAGCCCUGUCCAGCCAACUCUGGUCUCUGAGCUCAAGAAAAGGUUUGAGAAGAAGAGUGCAGACAACAAGGCGUAUUUCUAGAAUGUG